ACCACGCGUGGACGUCCCCCUUAAAUCGCCUCUUGUGUCCUCUGGAGCGUCAGUCCAUCAUGUCCCGUCCGGACGCGCAGUUCAUCUGGACAGAGACCGGCAGAGCUCGUCCACAGGACCCGUGUGCUCUCGUUCAGCUCCGCCUGUCCGCACUCGCGUAUCCCGCUGAAGACCAGAGCACCAUCGCCCGAGCGCGGAGACGCCGCAGACUGGCCGCUAACGCCCGCGAGAGGAGGAGGAUGCUCAGCUUGAACUUGGCCUUUGACCGCCUGAGGAGCGUCAUUCCCAGCGUGGAGAGCGAGCGGAAACUGUCCAAGUCUGAGACGCUUCAGAUGGCGCAGAUCUACAUCAGCACUCUGAGCGAGCUGCUGGAGGACAGAAACGGUGACCAGACAUUACUGAUGAUGGAGGGACAAGAGACCAAACAAGAGCAGAAAACUGUUCCCACCUGCAGGACAAAUUCAUACGAGGGGGAUUUCGGGCGUCCAACCUGCCGUGACCCUGAAACACCCGAACUCUUACAGAUCAACCUGCUGGAGAGAAGCAAUGGGGCCAAAUAA